GGGGCCGGUAGGGGGUGCCCCACCCCCCACCCCCGGCAGAAAACUCGUUUGGGGACCUUUUGGGGGACCCAGCUUCCUAGGAUCCCACCGUGGAAGAUGGGCCGCCCCUGGCCCCGCCGGGGCUUGCCUGCGAUCCAGCUUAGCCCUUAGGCAUCAUGUCAGACAGUGACCUGGGUGAGGAUGAAGGCCUCCUCUCCCUGGCAGGCAAGAGGAAGCGCAGAGGGAACCUGCCCAAGGAGUCAGUAAAGAUCCUCCGCGACUGGCUGUACCUGCACCGCUACAACGCCUACCCCUCUGAGCAGGAGAAGCUGAGCCUUUCUGGACAAACCAACCUGUCUGUGCUGCAGAUAUGUAACUGGUUCAUCAACGCUCGGCGGCGGCUUCUCCCAGACAUGCUUCGGAAGGAUGGCCAAGACCCCAACCAAUACACCAUUUCCCGCCGAGGGGGCAAGGCCUCAGAUGUGGCCCUCCCCCGUGGCAGCAGCCCCUCGGUGCUGGCUGUGUCUGUACCAGCCCCCACCAAUGUGCUCUCCGUGUCUGUGUGCUCCAUGCCACUCCACCCAGGCCAGGGGGAAAAGCCAGCAGCUCCCUUCCCACAAGGGGAGCCGGAACCCCCCAAAUCCCUGGUGACCCCUGGCAACACUCUCACUCUGCUGACCAGGGCUGAAGCUGGAAGCCCCACCGGUGGACUCUUCAAUACACCACCACCCACACCCCCAGAGCAGGUCAAGGAGGACUUCAGCAGCUUCCAGCUACUGGUGGAGGUGGCACUACAGAGGGCUGCUGAGAUGGAGCUUCAGAAGCAGCAGGACCUGUCGCUGCCGUUACUGCACACUCCCAUCCCCUUUGUCUCUGAAAACCCCAAGUAGGCAUCUGCCCACAGGGGUGCUCAAGGCUCGAGCCAGCUGUCCUGGGUUUCUGUUUUGGUUCCCUUUUAUACAGAGAGUUUUCUUUGGUUCACUGCCAAACAUCAGGAUCAUCUCCUCUGUCCAGGAUCUUCAGCAGGAAGACACUAACUGGUGUCACUGCACUGUGAUGGGGACCUCUCCUCUGUUGACUGCCUUUCUCCAGGCCUCAGGUGAUGAGACCAAGAGAGCGGAGACAGGCAUGGUGCUGCUACUUCUCCAGAGAACCCACAGGACACCUUUGUUCCAGCUGCUUCCCUGGGCUGCACCCAGGAAACCUGCCGAGUUCAGACCUAUGCAUGCUGGGUCCAGGUUGCCCCUGAGCCGGCUGCUCUGUUAAGCAAAGUGUGGACAUUCCCUAGUUCAUUAAGUGUGAACAAGAGAAAGAGGAACCCAGCAGAUAGAACGGACUCCAGUUGAAUAUUCAGGUUUUUGUCAAACUUAGUGUUCAUUUCUCCCUUUUCAUUGUGGUUUGCAUUCAUGGGGGCAGCAAGCCCAGGUGUGGGGAAUAAGAGUGCAUUGUGUGACGGAGUCUGAUGAACUGGGAAUGAUCCACCACUACAACAAGUGAUUGUUUUACAAGGAAGGAGUAUUUUUGUUUGGGGGACCAGUUAAAUCUCUGCAAAAUUCCUAAUGGUUAUUUUAUUGUUGGUUUGGUUUACCCAAAAAAGGAGGAAAAGACUUACAGGCUUUGGCUUUUCUGGAUCAGGAACCGAAGGAAGAUAAAGCCAAAGCCAGCAAGAGGGUCCAACAGAGAAGCUGACCAAACUUUCUAGGCACAGAGCAGAGAAGGAUGAUAAAACUGGAGAGGUGUUUUUUAUAUUUCUGUUUUUACUGUACUUUUGGGGGUGGGGGGAGAGAUGUAAGCUAGACUGAGGCAGUAGGGUGUUUUGUUUGUUUUUUCUCUUUAAUGUUUUUUCCUUCUUUAUCCUUGAAAGUUUUGCCCUGCAGCCUUUGGAGUCCUUUAGGGACUUGGAUUAGUGGCCAGAAUGUCAAAAGCUCCAUCUACUGGCAGCUUUUCCCACGGUGGUGGCAGGAACUAUUCCUGGAGGAAGCGGGGAAUCGUUUCCUGCCACCAGCUGCCUGAGGAACUGUCUUCAGAGGAGGCUGGGGCUGGAAAUGAACGAAGCCUGUUCACCGUGUUUUUGUGUUGCACCUUUCUUUAAAUUGGAGUUGCAGAGGCCCCUGCCCUAAACUUCAAAGCAAAACAGAUCACAGUUGGUCUUGUUCUCCUCCCUCCUCCCCGUUUUUUAUUUUGUUUUUUUCAUUGCUGACAGUGCUCAACAGCAGUAUACCCCAUCUUUAUAUAUCCUAAGAAACACUAAUCCUAGGUUAUUAUUAGCCAAAAUAUUUUUGUUCUGAAUAAUACUGUUACUGGGCCAAAAGACAGGUCAGGAGCCCCAGCCUGUAGUUUACUGAAGUUUCCAGGUCAGGCACAAGGGGGAAAGUUACUUGGCAUUGGCUGACUUGGUUAGGUCUGGCCAGGAGAAAAGGCAGCAACAGGUAUUCUGUCCUUUCUGGGCAUCCUCAUUUCUGAGUGGUUUAGCCCACCUCUUGGUGUGAGAGUAGGGAUUAGUAUUUACAGAAAGGGAGCUUUGCUCUGAGUGGGCGAGUUUCCUAAGCUCUCUCUUGGGUGCUCCCUCUUCCUGUGCCCUCUUCUUCCAUGCCCUGGGUGGGUGGGAAGGGGAUCAGGGAUUCUCACCCUCCUCUAGCCCCGCUGGGGGAAAAUGAACACAAACGUGGCAGCUUCAAGAUUAGUUGACGCUGCUGUUUGCCCAGCCUCUCUACCCCACCCAUGUGUGUGAGCCCGGGUCUGGUGUGACUGUUGUAAGAUGCUUGUAGCAGGGGACUUUGGAAGUGUAUUGGGCUGGGGUGGGACUUUUCCUUUCAACAGUGCACUGAGCAUUGGAGGUGGUGAGGGUGUGGGAGCCAUGCUGCUGAAUUCUGGUUGGCAUUCCCCUCUCCCCUUUGUGCAAGAUAGGGAGGCUAGGGGUGGGGCAGCCUCUGCUUGUUUGGUUGUGAGAUAAACCUGGAGGAGAAGCACAGUUAUCCCAUUGAAAUAAUUUGAGCAGAAAACUACUGUAAAUAAGUUUCGUUUUUGUCUUUUUGUCAAAUAAAACUGUUUUCGGUUU